UCCCCGUGCGGCCGGUGUGAGUCGUCUGCUUGAAAUUGUUUCGGUUUUGCGGCUAGCUUUAAUGUAGAGAAAUUGAAGUUAAAGCUUAAAGUUAAUGUUUAGAUACUUUUCAACCGACAUUUUUGAAUCAAGAUGAUGCAACAGUUGUUGAAUUCCUUUUCAAGACUAUGUGUCACUAAUAAUUGCCUUACGUUUUCACAAUGUAUGUCGGUUAAAUUUCCAACACUCAGCCUAACAAUCAACACACAACCCCAACUCCAGCAGAUACGUUGCAUAAAUAAACUUGGGUAUUUGACAGAAACUGGAUGGAGAAACAUCGGUAACAAAUGGUUAGUGAAAUUCCCUGAGGAGUACACUGUAAAGAAACUACCACUCAUGAAGUUGGCAGGAAGAGAUCCUACUACAGGUAAAAAAGUGUAUGGUGGUCUUGGAGGUGGACACAAGAAAAAGUACCGAUGGGUUGAUAAUGUUCGUUCUGGACCAAAGGAAGGGCCUCCAUCGGUUGAAAAAAUCUUGAGACUGCAAUAUGACCCAUGUCGAAGUUCAAAAAUUGCAUUGGUAGCAGCUGGAGACAGAGUAAGGUACAUUUUAGCAUCCUCAACUAUGAAAGUUGGAGAUUUAAUAUCAACAUCUGGGCACAUCCCCAGAAAUGCAAUUCGACCAAAAGAAGGAGAUGCUCAUCCAUUAGGAGCACUGCCAGUAGGCACUGAAGUUUGCUGUGUGGAAAAGUUUGUCGGAGAGGGAGCUUCAAUUGCUGUAGUUGCCGGUUCCCGUGCUCUUCUUGUCCGUAAGGUUGGCGAACGCUGUAUUCUUCAACUCCCUUCCAAACAAGAACUUUCAUUGAAGCAAGAGUGCAUGGCAACUGUUGGACAUUUAUCUAAUGAGGAUCACAAUACCAAACAUAUUGGCAGCCCCAACCGUUUGAGGUGGCUAGGGUUCCGACCUCGUUCUGGUCUGUGGCAUCGGAAGGAUGGAAGGCAUGGAAGAAAAAUACGUCCUCUACCUCCUAUCAAAGUGUUAGAUAGUAGGAAAUCUGACAAGGUUAUAGAGUUACCUCUAACAAUUAAAACUUUUUUCUGAAGUGUUUCCCCAAUUCAAAAGUAUGACGCUUUAGUCAAUACACCAUAGGUAAUUUCACAAAAUAA